AGUCGAGUACGGACAUCCAACGGGUACACAUCUCGGUGGUGGUUGAAAACACACAACUAACUUAAUUCUUACUACAACACUGUUUUACUACCUAAAGACAAGCGACAACAACGACGAGCAUUCAUUCCGUUCGUUUCGUUCAUUCAUCUAAACAGAAAAUUAUAGAUUGUUGUUGUUUUUACAUGAAAAUACAAUAACAAACGCAUUACAAAAAAAUAAAAACAAAACGACAAACUAAAAACAAAUACUCGUCGUUCGUACAUCCGACAGAUUGCAAAAUAUCAAGAGUAGUAGAAAAAUAAAAUUUUAGUACAUUCAUCACAUCUAGUUACUCAUUCAGUACGAGAUACAACUGCCUGUGUCUGCUGCUUAGUUCUACUACCUACUGUAGCAGAUUAUAUUGUGUACUGUAAUAUUUAUUAUACUUACAACUAACUCACUAACUAACUGAUAGAUAGAUAGACAAGCGCGGCUAACAACGUGUUGUCAGAGGGAUAGAGAGAGAGGCAAGAAACUGCUACACAGUUACAGAUACUCGUCCUCACAAACAUACACACACUCUCACUCAAUAAUAUCACAAUAAUAAACGAAAAAAAGUAUUUUAAAACUUAAAUACACACCGCUAACGUAAAAAUUAAACAGUGUGUCUGUGUUGCUCGUUGAAUACGGUUCUCGUGCGAAAAAAUUUGUUAUUUUCAAAAAGAAAAUUUAAAAAUAUUUAUUUAAAGAAAAAUAAUUGUAAAAUUUUAUAAAAAAUAAAAUUACAAUUUAUUAAGUGGAAUUUAACAAAAUAAAUACAUACACCUCUCUAUAUAACAGCCAAAGUUAUAUAAUUUAAAACAAUAAAAAGAAAUUAAAUAAAAUUUAUUUAAUUUUUUGUAAAUUAUAAACCUAUAUAUCUACACACAUACAAAUAUAAUGUCUGCCGCCACAGAACAACAAAAUAACGGUGAUGUCGCUGUUGAGAAAGUUGCCGCCGAUGCUGUUAAGGAUGAUUUAAAAUCACAGAAAGCUGCCGUAGAGGAUAGCAAACCAGCGGCGGCCGACAAUGGAACAGCGUCAAAGGACGAGGUCCAUGAUGAAGAUGCCGCACCCGCUAAAGAACAAGUCAAAGGAACAAAACGGCCGGCUGAAGCUAAAAAUUCAGAAUCAAAGAAAGCCAAGAAAGAAAAAGCCCCCGAUGCUGAGUCAGACGAUGAGGAAGUCAUCGAUGAGGAAGGCAAUGAGGGCGAUAGUGAUAUUGAAAGUGACGAAUAUGAUAUUCCCUACGAUGGCGAAGAAGAUGAUAUAGAAUGUGAAGAUGAUGAUGAUGAAAAUGAUGAUGGUUCGGGUUCCGACGAUCAGGCGUAAUGAUAAUAUAUUAGUCAAAACCUCUUAAAUUAAUAAUUAAUUGAAACAAAAUAAUGCAAAAAAAAUUAAAAUAUACAAAAACUCUAAAUUUAUACUUAUAAAUUUUUUAUGUUAAGAAAUAUUUUUUUAUUUCUUAUUUUAAUUUUAAUUGUAUGAGUGUGUAAUUCUAUAUAAUUUUUUUAAGAAAGGAAAGUUUUCAUUUGACAAGAUAAAUUUUCUUUUUUCGCUCUAUAUCUUUAAGUCGUCUUUUUUAUAUAUGUUAUUUAAAAAAGUAUAUAUAAUUUAAACACAAACAAAAAAUUAAAGAAAAAAUACAAAAAGUAAACACAAAACCAUUAAUUAAGCAUUAGACGUUAUAUAUGUAGCUAUACAAAAAGAAAAAAACAUAAAACAAACAAUAAUACAAGCAAAAAGUAUUUAAAUAAAACAUUAAAAAAACACAUUAAUUAUUUAAA